UGCGUCUGUCGGCCUAGGGUUUGACGAGCCAGGAGGUGGAAGAGCGUCGCGAUCUGUGAGGGAGCGCGGCUACAGGAUUUCUUGUCGAUUUGCUCGCCUCGAUCGGCAACCAGUGGUUUCCCCUCACAUUUCUGCCAGGAGUAACAGUGAUCUCCUCGACGCACCCGUCGCCUCUCCUCGCCGAGGCGCUCUCUUUUGUUUCUGGAGUAGAGGAUGAUCCAGAUCUGGCAUUUGCAUUGAGGACGCUCCCAGGGAUCCCGAUGUGAUUCGUCCGGAUCGAAAUUUUGGCCCCCCUCUCUGGCUCGGUUGUGGAGAGUUCCUCGCCGCGAAGAGUCUUCCGUCUGAGAGGCCAGAUCUCUCCAUCUCGCCAAGAUGAGGAGCUUCCAGGGACCUGUCCAGAUUCAGAAGCCCAUGGCCUUGCCCGAGGUCUGCUAUGGCGGAUUGUCUGGCAUCCAUGCGGCUCAGCUUCGCGAAGUGGGGCGACGGCGCAUAAUCGUGCAAAUCGACACCGGCAAUGUGCUUGGCUUGGAGCUGGACAGGUCCGAGAAAGUCCAGUCCGUGAAGAAGAAGGUCCAGGCAGCGCUGUCCGUCCCGACUGAGCAGAGCGCGCUGGUUUUCGGCGACCAUGUCAUCGAGGACGAUCUCAGUGAGGUCCGGAGCGACACUCCACUCUUGUUGACGCGGGGACUGCACAGGAGCUCUUCCACGCCGUGCCUGUCGCCAACGCUAGAUGUCUCCCCGCCCAAGGACUGGAGCCAGCCAGUGGAGCUUGUGGGAGGCUCGUCCGAGUGCUCUCCGGCCAUGAAGCAGCUGAUUCAAGACUCGGUGGAGGCGAUCCAUGGCGGCGUGGUGCCGGUGCUGGCCACUGGUGGUCUGGGCGGAGCCUACUACUUCAAGGACUCGAGCGGACAGAGCAUUGCCAUCGUCAAGCCGACUGACGAGGAGCCCUUUGCGCCCAACAAUCCCAAGGGGUUCGUGGGCAGGGUGCUGGGGGAGCCGGGGCUCAAGAGGUCGAUUCGUGUUGGCGAGACGGGCGUUCGGGAAGUAGCAGCUUACUUGCUGGACUACGGGAACUUUGCGCGAGUCCCUGCGACAUCUCUGGUGAAAGUUCGUCACUCGGUCUUCAACGUUAACAGGGAGAUCAGUGUGAGCUACCAGGGGGAGGGGUCGCCCGUUGCAAAGAUUGCCUCUUUCCAGCAGUUCGUGAAGCACGACAGUGACGCAAGUGACAUUGGGACGUCCAGUUUUCCGGUCUCGGCAGUUCAUCGCAUUGGCAUUCUGGAUGUCCGGAUCUUUAACACUGAUCGACACGGUGGUAACAUUCUUGUGCGCAAGGUGGAGAAUGCGGGGUGGAGAGGUGGUUCUUUCGAGCUGGUUCCCAUCGAUCACGGGCUCUGCUUGCCCGAGACUCUGGACGACCCUUACUUCGAGUGGCUCCACUGGCCACAAGCCUCGAUGCCGUUUUCAGAGGAGGAGCUGGAAUACAUACAGGCACUGGAUCCUUACGAGGACGCGGAAAUGCUCCGGAGGGAGCUGCCGAUGCUGAGGGAAGGCUGCCUUCGGAUGCUGGUCCUCUGCACCAUCUUUUUGAAGAACGCGGCUCGCUCGGGGCUGACUCUCGCGGAGAUAGGCGCCAUGAUGAGCCGUGAGCUUUGUGGUGACAACGAGGAACUCAGUGAGCUGGAAAAGGUCUGUAUGGUGGCCAAGCUUCAGGCGGACAAGGCUUUGGCCGAGGAAGCUGAGGAGGAGGAGGAGGAGGAUCAGAUCGAUGAGGAGGACCUGGAGCUGGAAGACGACAUCCUGGGCAACUUCUCGAUCGAGAUUGACGAGGAAUCGGGUGGUGAAGUGGUUGCUGAUGAAGCGGAUAAAGCAGCGGAGGAAGAGGAGGAGGGGGAGAUGCUGCACGACGCCAUCCUGGGCGAGCUCGGGAAGAACAAUCCCGGAAACGGCUACUACGCCGGACGGAACGUUCUACUCCGCCUUCGUCCGUUUGGAAGUCCCAAGUACAGCAGCUACUACAAGAACAGACAAGACACCAACAAGCUGCGGAGGUAUUUCAGUGCGCGCAACACUUGCUCGCUUUCACAUCAGCGCCACCACCACCACCACCACCACCACCAUCGCCGCCGCCGCUCCUCAUCUUCGUCGACUGGGUCAGCGGCAGCAGCGGCGCCAUCAACACCAGUAACAUCGUCGGCACCGGGAGCAGCAGCAGUGGCAAUCCCAGCGGGGGACACUCCGGAGAACUUGGUGUUCUCUGCGAUGAGCGACGAGGAGUGGGAGGCGUUCCUGGGACAGUUUGAGGAGCUGCUUGAGGAUGCGUUCGUCCGGCGCAAGACUGACAACCUCAAUUUUGUACAGAGGCUGGGAACAUCUUGCCAGUUUUAAGUGUGGUGAGUAGUUUCCCUUCAAUGUAUAAUGUAGAUAGCGUGAGAGAGAAAAGAGAGAGAGGGAGGGAGAUGGAUAUUUUUUUUUUUCUAGUAGUGUUAGUGAGUGAGUGUUCUUUCUUUUUCCCUUGCGAGCUCGCUAGCUAGCUACAGAGCCGAGCGACGAGAAGCCAUAGCCAGCAAGCAGGAGCAGCUUUUGUUUGGAUAAACGAAGAAAAAAAGAGUUUUUGUAA